AUGUCCCUUGGAGAGGCGCAGAGCUUGGGGGAGCAGAUACCACACUUAAUUCACCCCAAGGUGGUAAAUAACCUGGGCAUCUCGACCAACGCCAGCUCCCUGGUGGAAGGCAUGGAUUCUGUGGCUGCCCAAUGCCUCACCAACUCCUCCAACAUCAAGUCGAUGUCUUGCAGCCCGGCUACGUAUGUGUUGCUGUGGACGGAGCCUGAUGUCUCUGAGGGUGUCCUGACCACCGUGAUUGGCUCCAGCAUGGAUCUGGAGUGUGCCUGUAUUUCCAGCUCAGGACCCAAGUACCACUGGAUCCACAAGCACUCUCUCCUGAGCACCUUGGAUGCGAACGUGACCUUCCCUCGUCUGUCCUGGGAGCAGAUGGGCCGCAUCAGGGGCAGUAGCCAUGCCAGACAGCCUUCCUCCACGCCGGCCAUGCCGAAGUCACAGCUUUUGGGUGACACACUCCCUUUCCUCUGA